UAUAAAAACCAUCUUCAGUGUUACCCGGACCAAACCACAAGCGUUAAGCAAAAAUGGCAAAGCUAAUUACCUUAACAGCCCUACUCUGCAUUCUUCUAGUGAUCAUAGCCAAUGCAGUCUCCGGCUAUAGAACUCUCAGCACCACCGUUGAAACCGACAGUUCUUCUAAUGUUCGGAAAAUAUGCAAGUGGGAAGCUGAAAGAAAAGAUUUGAGCUUCUGUGAGAAUUAUAUAAGACAGUCAGGAAGAAGGUCAGAAGCGAUGUUAGCUAUGCGAGGAAUUGAAAACCCGAAACAACAGGUUCCUAGACAAUGUUGUAACCAAGCAGAGAAACUAGGUCCACUUUGUCAAUGUGAAUCGAUAGAGUAUCUAUUGGAGAAGCAGGUGGAGGAAGGACAAAUUGGAAGUCAAGAAUAUGAUGAGGCAAAGCGUAGGACUAACAAUAUAAUUGAUGUUUGCUUUGACUCGAUCUGCCCUCGUUAAAAUGCUAGCUACAAUUAUGAUAUGCUCCUGCAAGUAAAUAAAAUCUCAUUCUGUAUGUGAGUGAGAGUCAUGUAUAAUUAAUAAUGUAUAUAAAAUAAAAGCAUCAAACUAAGUUUGUUUGGUGUCAUUUAUUUGGCCAAUCUCUGUUUCUUGUAAUGUUGAUUCAAGUUUUUCCUGAUGUCCUGUAAUAAAAACUGAAAAGAAAGCCAGCAAAUUAAGAA